UCCUACAGGCCCUCCUCAAUGGGCAGUAGGACCCCCACCAGAAGCCCAGUGUGAGGACAGAGAUGGCGCUGAGCCUGGAGUCUACAACCAGCUUUCCCAUGCUGGCCAUGUCAGGAGACACUGUGUCUGAGUUGCCUGGUGGCCCCAAUAUGUCCCUCAACAGUUCCUGGACUGGCCUAACAGAUCACAGCUCCUUGCAAGACCUGGUGGCCACAGGUGCCAUUGGGGCAGUGCUCUCAACCAUGGGUGUGGUGGGCAUGGUGGGAAAUGUAUACACUCUGGUAGUCAUGUGCCGAUUCCUGCAUGCCUCAGCUUCCAUGUAUGUCUAUGUGGUCAACCUGGCACUGGCUGACCUGCUGUACCUGUUGAGCAUUCCCUUCAUUGUGGCCACCUAUGUCACUAAGGACUGGCACUUUGGAGAUGUGGGCUGCCGCGUUCUCUUUAGCCUGGACUUUCUGACCAUGCAUGCCAGCAUCUUCACUCUGACCAUAAUGAGCAGCGAGCGCUAUGCAGCAAUCCUGAGGCCUCUGGACACGGUACAGCGCUCCAAGGGUUACCGUAAGCUGCUGGCACUGGGCACCUGGUUGCUGGCACUGCUGCUGACCUUACCCAUGAUGCUUGCCAUCCGACUGGUGCAUAGGGGCCCCAAGAGCCUCUGCCUGCCGGCCUGGAGCCCUCAUGCCCACCGUAUUUACCUGACACUGCUCUUUGGGACCAGUAUUGUGGGGCCUGGCCUGGUCAUUGGGCUGCUCUACGUUCGCCUGGCCAGGGCCUACUGGCUAUCUCAGCAAGCCUCUUUCAAGCAGACGCGCCGGCUGCCCAACCCCAGAGUGCUCUACCUCAUCUUUGGCAUUGUCCUUCUCUUCUGGGCCUGCUUCCUACCCUUCUGGCUGUGGCAGCUGCUGGCCCAGUACCACGAGGCCAUGCUACUGGCACCCCAGACUGCACGCAUUGUCAACUACCUGACCACUUGCCUCACUUAUGGCAACAGCUGCAUCAAUCCCUUCCUCUAUACACUGCUCACCAAGAACUAUCGUGAGUACCUUCGUGGCCGCCAGCGGUCACUGGGUAGUAGCUGUCGUGGCCCAGGGAGUACAGGCAGCUUCCUGCCCAGCCGAGUCCACCUCCAGCAGAACUCAGGCCGCUCGCUGUCCUCCAGCAGCCAGCAGACCACAGAGACCCUCAUGCUGUCCCCAGUUCCCCCUAGUGGGGCCUUUGUCUGAGAGUCCCUGUUUGAGCCUGGGGGUAGGAAAGGACCCAAAGCCAGGCCACUCAGGAGCCCAUUCCCGGAAUCCCCUAUUCAAACCUAACCAUCUUGUCUGUCUUCCUCAACUCUCUUCUGGAAAGUUCCCUGUUCUUCUUCACUGCUGCUCACUUCAACUCCAUCAGCACCUUUCUUGCAAUGCCAACACUCCUCUGAACCUCUCUCUCCGGAUCUUCAGAAGCUGUGGCCCAGACCCUCUUCUGAAGACCCCAGAGAAUUGAGUCAUCUAAAGCCUACUUACUCAGAGCAGCUGUGCUGGGCUGGGAACCUGAUCUGGAGAUGUAAGCUCUUCCAGCCUUGAGGACCCGCCCCCACUUGUGGGUAAGGGGUCUGUAGCCAAUUUCUACCCUCUCCCUCUCCU